UUUCCAAGGUUGCAAUUGUGCCUUAUUGCCUGUACAUCAUAUUCUCUUAAGCUCACCAGCCUAUCCCCAUUGACUACCUACCUACCUAAAGCGCCCACGAUUUCGACUGGAUCACGUCCUCGCUGCCUAAUCCUGAUUGACUCAGAACAAUGGCGUCUCACGCGGACUACAAGGACAGGCAGUUCUUAGCUGUCAUUGGAGACGAGGACUCAGUCACAGGCUUGCUAUUAGCAGGAAUAGGUCAUGUCACGAACCCUCCAGACUCCCAGAAGAACUUCCUAGUUGUCGACAACAAGACAGAGACAUCAGCCAUCGAAGCUGCCUUUGAGUCGUUUACGACAGAGCGAAAAGACAUCGGCAUCGUAUUGAUUAACCAGCAUAUCGCCGACAAGAUCAGAUAUCGAAUCGAUACCCACACAUCUGCCUUCCCUACUAUACUCGAAAUCCCUAGCAAAGAACAUCCAUAUGACCCUGAGAAGGACAGCGUGCUAAAAAGGGUGCGACGUCUUUUUGGAGAGUAAAUAUCAUUUUGAAAGGGGCUCACAACAUACACUGUUCAUACGUAGGACAAGGGCGGGAUUGUAUUAUAGCCGUUAUUUUCAAGCAUGAUAGGUUUACGAUAUCCAAGUAGCAGAGGUCCAGGACCA